UCCGACUCAACCAUUCAAGGCUCCCGUGCAUGGAUCGCCCCAGCGAGGCACCGCUGCCGGACGCCGCCGACACCGCCCCGUAGGCUCCCGGCCCCCCGUGCCACCCCCAAGUACUCCACAUACCCCGAUGGGGUAACGUGACGGGGGUCACCCUCCCGCCACCACCACCCCCCAUAUGCAGAGGCCUUUCUAGAGCGCCCGGGAGCCCACAGCACCGGAGGCAGCAGCCGCUCGCCGUCGCACACACGCAGAGGACGCCAACACUACAGCAAAGGGAUUUUUUUUUCUAAUUAUUAUUAUUAUCAUUAAUAUUAUUUUUUUCCCCCAUCUGGCUUUUUUUCCCCCUGGGGGCUUGUGGUGUGUCAAGGAAGCCGGCGCACUCCCAGGAGCUGGGAUUAUUUGCACAACGUCUGUAUAUUGAGUUCUCGAUCCUGUUUUAUUUUUAUUUUUGAAGUGCAGAGGGUUGGGGUUUUGUUUCUUUGGUUGGUUUUUUUGCCCCUCCACACCACACUUUUCUUGGGUUUUUCCUCUGCCACUGUCAGCACCACUUCACUUUCUCACUGUUCCCACCAUGGCCCGGAUGAACCGCCCUGCACCUGUGGAGGUCUGCUACAAAAACAUGAGGUUCCUCAUCACCCACAAUCCCACCAAUGCCACUCUCAGCACCUUUUUGGAGGACCUGAAGAAAUACGGUGCCACCACGGUGGUGCGAGUAUGUGAAGUGACCUAUGACAAGACCCCCCUGGAGAAGGAUGGCAUCACUGUCAUGGAUUGGCCAUUUGAUGAUGGAGCGCCUCCUCCCAGCAAGAUUGUGGAAGAUUGGCUCAACUUGUUGAAGACCAAGUUCUGCGAGGACCCUGGUUGCUGCGUGGCUGUGCACUGCGUGGCCGGCCUGGGGCGUGCUCCUGUCCUUGUCGCGCUGGCCUUGAUCGAGAGUGGGAUGAAGUAUGAAGAUGCCAUCCAGUUCAUCCGACAGAAGCGCAGAGGAGCCAUCAACAGCAAGCAGCUGACGUACUUGGAAAAAUACCGACCAAAGCAGAGACUCCGAUUUAAGGACCCUCAUAACCACAAGAACAAAUGCUGCAUCAUGUAACCUCAAUGACCUCUUGCCAAAAUCUGUGCACAGACCCCCCGGGCACUCGCACACAUCCCACCCCCUCACCUCCUCACCCAGCCCUGUGCUCCCCACACACCGCCCCUCUGCUGGGGCUGGGCUGGGGACAAGGAGCAUCUCCAGUGUGUUCCAGCACUCACAGCACACUCGUCUUGCUGGAUCCCCAAAAAAAGGCUGCUGUCUUCAGCUGCAGCCCCGAGGAGGGAGGCAGCAGUGCCCCGUGACUCUUGGUGUUAGCAGGCAAUGAGCUCGUGUGACCAUCCUUCAUCACCAUCCUCCUCCCCCCUUUUCCCCCUCUUUGUGCUGAGAGGGAUGGGCAAAGGGUGCUUGGUUUGAGAUGAUGCAGGCAGAGCUGUGCCUGCUCAGAAGGGAUGAUGUGCAGAAGG